UCGCAGUGCUAGCUUCAACAGAAUGAACAUCACGUUCGGUGCUCUCUACUUCAUUAUCGCCAUUUUGACGAUUCUGUUCCUUUUCUUUAAGCGCCGCUUUUCAUAUUGGAAAAAUCGAGGAGUUCCUUAUAUUGAACCCACCAUCCCCCAUGGAAACCUCAAGGAUGUUGGAAAAUCUAAACACUUCGUGGAAGCAAUGGAUGAGAUUUACUACGCAUGCAAGAAGAAGUCCCCAUUCGCGGGGUCAUACUUCUCCAUUAGCCCCGUUGCUGUGAUCACCGACCUGGAUUUAAUCAAGACGGUUCUCAUCAGAGAUUUUCAUUUCUUCCGCGAUCGCUCCAAUUACUGCAACGAGGAGGAUGACCCGCUUUCAGGAACACUUUUCUUUGUGCAAGGAGAGAGGUGGACAACUCUCCGGAAGAAGCUUUCGCCAGCGUUUACUUCGGGCAAAAUGAAAUUCAUGUACCCCACCCUGUUGAAUGUUUGUGAUAGACUCGUUGAACAUCUAAGUGAAGUGAUUCAAGUUGAGAACGAUAUUGAGGUGAAAGAUGUCCUGGGACGCUAUACAACGGAUGUUAUUGGUGAAUGUGCUUUUGGAAUUGAGUGUAACAGUUUGAGGAAUCCGAAGGCUGAGUUCCGGAAAUUUGGUGCUAAAGUCUUUAAUGCACCAAAGUAUUCCAAAUUGGUUAAGGAGUUUCUUGGACAGUGUCCUGAGAUUGGACGGUUCUUUAGAAUGAAAUUGUUUUCGGACGAUGUGAUCGAAUUUUUCCUCGGAACAAUUACUGAAACGAUUGAGUUUCGUGAGAAGAACAAUGUUCAUAGGAAUGACUUCAUUGAUUUGCUUAUUCAAAUGAAAAACGAUAAAAAUCCGGAUGCCCCCCAUUUGACUAUGUUGGAGAUUGUUGCGCAGGUUUUUGGAUUUUUUCUAGCGGCGUUCGAGACGUCAUCUUCAGCAAUGUCCUUCAGUUUAUAUGAACUCGCUGUGAAUCCUGAUUUACAAGAAAAGGCUCGACAAGAAGUUAACGAGGUCUUAAACAAGCAUAACGGUGAGAUGACUUACGACACUAUCAUGGAUAUGAACUAUGUUGGGUUAGUGAUGACGGAGAGCAUUCGCAAAUACCCAGUCCUCAUGGCUGUGACGCGUAAAGCCGUGGAGGAUUACAAAGUUCCUGGUACGGAUAAAAUUAUUGAAAAGGGCACUGGCGUUGUGAUCCCGAUUUAUUCUAUUCAUCAUGAUCCCGAAAUUUAUCCGAAUCCGGAUGUAUUUGAUCCAGAGCGUUUUAGGCAGGAAGAGGUCGGUCGACGACAUCCAAUGGCGUUCCUGGGUUUUGGGGAUGGUCCGAGAAAUUGUAUUGGAAUGCGUUUCGGCGUAAUGCAAUCACGCCUUGGUCUGGCGAAACUAUUGAAGAACUUCCGUGUCAAACUGUCUCCUAAGAUGAGUGUACCUCUGAAAUUGGAUCCGAAUGCGUUGGUUUUAUCUUCACUUGGUGGUCUUUACUUAGUCCUAGAAAAAAUUUAA